AUGGCCUCGCGCCGUCUGCGGGGCCAGGUGGCGCGCUCUUCCGUCUACUUCAUGGCUCUGUUCUGGCCGGCGAGCAAGAAUACGGCAAAGGGGUGGCGGCAAGCCGUGGCCGAGGCGAAGAAGCAGGCCGAGCUAGCGUACUUUCGUGAGGCCUUUGGGCUUUGGAUCCACAAGGAAAACACCGACAAGCACAACCUCGCCGUCUUCGUCGUGAUCGGCACCAAGUUCCUGCUCCCGCACGUGACCGUGCACCCGCACCUACCGACAAUGAAGAAGGGCCCGCCGGACCCUUCCACGUUGGACCUGGGUGUAGGAGCAUUCUAUAGCUACCCCUUUCUCUUUCUCGAUAUCUGGAUUAGCGUGGAGUACGGGAAUGGUGAUAGGAUUUCAAACGCCCUCCCCCCGAGAGCUUUUUAUAAUGCGUCUAAUCGAUAG